AUGUCUUCAAGUAUUCAACCCGCAGUUAUUAGCUUGGGCUAUACCAAAGCAGGUAAGCGGCAAGGUGCAGCUGAGAGCAUCACCCCCUGUUCUGAGACUCCUCUGGAAGUGAGGGAUGCAAGUCUCUUGGAAGAGAUCAGAAGUAGGAUCUUGAUUGAGGAGCUUGGCAUUGAGGGGGAAGUAGUCGAAGUGGCGCCGGGGCAACCCUUCUACCUCAAGCUUUUGGAAGGCGUCCUGGAGAAGGCAGGGGACUGUGAUUGGCAGUUUUUGCAGAGAGCCCGCACAGGGUGCCCCCUAGGUGUCUUGGAGGAGCUUCCGAGGACACCAGCAGUUUUUGAGCAGCAGGUCAAGUGGGCCCUGGAUGAUGACCCAUCGAUGCAGUGGGAUUUGGCCAAGGGCAACUACAUCUCUGCAACGCGGCAUGAGGGUCAUUUGAGGGAUCACUUGGAAUCGGAGGUGGAAGCGGGCCUGAUGGAUACGAUGAGCGGGGCCCAGUUUGAAGAGAAAUAUGUACAGCAUACGGCCAUUGCCGCCUUAGCGGUGCUCGUGGAGGAUGAGGUGCAAGGACAAAGUUCGCAUGCCAGGGCCAAGGGGAAGAGGAAGGUAUUGGAGGAACUCUCAGCUAGAGGGGAAGGAGUCAUGGCACUGGUAGGCGACUUCGAGAAGGCUCAGCGGGGCGCUGGUGCAUUUUGCACACUAUGUCCUUGGCCGGAUUUUUUUGUGGAGAUGCUCCUCUAUGCAGAUGAUCUGGAGGUGGUUGCCCCUGGCAAAAAGGGGCGGUUGGGGGCGGUUUUGGUCUUCCUGGUGAUGGGCGGUAGGGGCCCCUUUCAAGUGGAAGAAGCAAAGAGGAGGAUGGAUCACGCAUGUGGGUUGGCCCAAUGGUUGUGUGACUGGAUGAGGUCAGUGGAGGCCAGGAAGGAGGUUACUGACGCGGAGUUUGCGGCUGGCCUGGGAAGGCUUAGCUUUGCGUCGUUGGCCCUUCUUUGGCUGGGCCCCCUGUUCUCGUGGUCCUCGGCGGUGUGGGGCACGAAAGGCUUCCUUAGGGUACCAUGGGUGGUGCUGUUUGUGAUGAGGUGGAUCACAAAGAAGUUGCAACAGGGCCAGAGGUUGGAAGAGGCGGAGGAUGACAUGAAGAAGUGCCAGUGGUUCUCCGAGAAGGUGGAGCCUUGGAUGGCACCGUGGCUGAAGGUGAGGAGUGGAAACCCACAGAGGGUUAUUGCAGCGUUGGAGAUGCUGGCGAUGCUGGUGGCCAUCAAGCUGUGGAUGCCUGAAAGUGAAGGGCAUCUGAGGGUCCAUGCGGAGGCCUUCACCGACAACAAGGGCAAUGAGUUCAUCCUGAACAAAGGGAUGUCCACGAAAUUCCCCAUCACCCUUUUGGUGAUAGAAUCCAGCGAAACCCUGAGAAAGAAAGGGGCCACAGCGGACCUGAGGUGGAUAAGAAGAGAAGACAACCAGAGAGCAGACGACCUCACCAACGAGGAGUUUGUUGCCUUUGAGAGCUGGCGGAGGAGAAGGAUCGCAGAGGAGAACUGCAAGUGGGAAGUUGUGGGAGAGCUACUCCCGGAAAGCGAACAGCUCUACAAGGAGGUGCAGGCCUUCAAGGAGAAGAGAAGAAGUGAGAAGGUGAAGAAGAAGGCUGGACGCUUCCUAUGCCGACGGCGGGGGGAGGUGCCACAGACAAAUGUGGCCGGCUUAGAAGCCCCUUCAGGGUCGCACCCUGAAGGGCCGGGCUGCCACCAGCACUUUGCUCAAGAGAUGUUUCUUCUGGUGCAAAGCAGAUGGGAAGAGGAUGAGCGGAGUCGCAAGCGUCGGCAGGAGGAGGCUAGGAAAGCAGAGGAGCGACUCAAGGAAGAAGUGAGACGAGCUGAGGAAGCGCUGAAACGUGAAGAGGCAGCAAGGGCCAAAGAGGAGGCUUUGCGCAGACAGAAGGAGGCCGAGGUUACAUGCUCCAUGGUAACCUGUCUUGCUGCGCUGUUCCUUUAG